GGCGUGGGGCGUGGCCGGAAGAGCGGCCCUCCCUCUUCCGGCCGGGCCAUGUCCUCCGAGCGGGGCGCGCCGCCGACGCCGGUGCAGAUCCGCGAGGCCAACGCCCACCUGGCGGCGCUGCACGGGCGCGUGGCCGAGCUGGAGCGGCGCUUGGCGGCGGCGGAGGAGACGGUGCGCGGCCAGGCCCGGAGCCUCAUCCGCAAGGACCACGAGCUGCGCGCCGCCCUGCAGGGCCUCGGCCACCAGAAGGACCGGGAGAUUGCGGCGCUGGAGGAGAAGCUGCUGUCCUCUGAGGAGGAGACGCAGAAGCUGCUGGGGCUGCUCCAAGACAAAGACACCUUGAUCCUGCACCUGAAGCACAGGAGCCGCCUGCUGGACAAAAUCUGCCGCAGCCGGCCCGUCCUGGACCACCUGUUGGCAUACAUGGCCGAAGGGGAGCAGCUGAGCCCCGUGCCCGCGACCCAGAGCAAGGGCAGCGCUCUGGACUGUGACCACCUCCUAGAGACAGGCUGCACCUGUCUUGGCUUGGACUCCAAAGACUUUGCUCUUGACAAUGAUCAAGAGUCAGGCAAGAGUGUGUUUGGGACGACUGUGUGAACAGGCCCCAGUGGCCGUGAUCUCCUGGGACUGAGAUCCACAAGCCUGUUAAGCGGGAUCCCCCCCCCAAAUGUCUUAAACCCAAAGGUUUGCCACCACUGCCUUAAACCCUGGGAACUCUGCCUCGAUGAGCUUGUGAAUCAGCAGAACCCUGCGGUACUGAAAUCUCCUUCAGGAAUAGUUGGGAACGAUCAGUGCCUCAAACCUCUUCCCCGAUCCCGGCAGUGGAGGGAGCUGCACAUCCCCCACCCCGCAGCCUUGGAAAAGUCGCUGAUGAGAUUUGCCCUUCCCUUGGCACAACUCCCUGUCUUCUGUCACCUGCAGCAAAGCCCCCCAGCGGGUUGGAUGAAUGGAUGCGUCUGGGCUUGCACUCCAUUGUAUAUAUAUAUAAAUGUGAUUCAUCUGUGUGGGACCCACUGGAGCUGAGCUUAUUCAGACCUCCUGGCCACUUUCUUGGUCGUGCUCCGGGGGUUUCGGUUCCAUACUGGUCCAACGGCUCUGGUCCCUGCGUUUUGUUUUGUUAGGGGGAACGGGGUGUGUGUGUUUGAACGCUUCUUCUGAAUCGGGUCUUCAAACUAUGGCCCUCCAGAUGUUCAUAGGCUACAAUUCCCAUGAGCCCUACCACUUGGCCAUGCUGGCCGGGGCUGAUGGGAAUUGCAGUCCAUGAACAUCUGGACGACCAUAGUUUGAAGACCCCUGUUCUGAACGGACUGCUGUUCGUUCAAGCCGAAGAACGCAAUGCAGAGAACUCUGCGCUUGUCCGGUCGCCUUGGUGGCCUUUCACCCCGUCUCCUUUGUUAGUUUUUGUGUUGGCCAGAACCUUGGAGUGUUGUGUCACACCCGGCUGUGCUCGUGGAGGGGGCGGGACUAGCGCUGCAUGUCACCUUCUGGAAUAUUUAAAAUGGGACAGAUUCUCCUGGCUGCGUUUGACAGACUCGCAGCAGGAAGCCGAGCGUUUGUGGACAGGCUGCUGUAGAUACGUUCUCAUCGCUCAAACAAAUACAUUAUUGAAGAUGCCCUGCUUUGUGUUCCCCUGAACCGCCUGCAGCUCCUUACAGUGUGUGUACCCAGAAGCCUAGACGGCCAGCGGUUGGUGGAGGUUUGCAGACAAGGCCCAGCGGGACAGAGCGAGCAAGGGUAUCUCCACUUUCCAGAGUUCCUUGCAGGGAAAGUGGUCCUUACUGGAGUUUAUUAAGUCGAGCAAGCAUAAUAAUGCAGGAAUGCUGUGUCACUUUGAAGACUAACAUGUCAGGUGCCCCCAGGUUCCAAAAGGCUGGGGACCGAUGGGUCUACACCAGUAUAAGCAGCCACUGAUUCUGCUUCCGAUGCUGGUUGACUUGGACUUCCUUCUUGUGUCAUUCUCACUUCCUAAAUUUCUGUCCCUACUGCUCUUGUUCUCCGAUUGUUUUUGGUCACCGGACUGCUUUAAAGAAAUGCAGAUCUAUGACGAGACGGGUUCUGUUCCCAAGUGCCUUUUUUGGAAGCCAGCCCCGUUGUAUCUGAUGACGCUGACUCCCCUGUGAGCACCUUUAGGUCUGGGCUGUUCCUCCCAGGUGACUGUUACCACAGCAACAAGCCUAGCUGGUUCUUCCUCAGCCUUUCCUGCCCUACAGAAGCAGCCACCAAGCUUUAAAGUGCCUACAUCUGACUUGGAUUUUGUUACCCAGUGGCCUUUUUUUGUUGGAUGCAAAAUAAACAUAUUUUGGAAUAUU